CCUGCCCGCAAACCGAGGCGCGGUGCUGAACGAGUUCCGCUGGUCCGCUCUCCCGGCCACUACUUCUUGCGCGUCCCGUCCUUCACACACACACACAUACAGCCAUGUCGUCAGGCACCCGAGUGGCGCUGGUGACCGGGUCCAACAAGGGCAUCGGCUUCGCCAUCGCGCGCGACCUGUGCCGGCAGUUCUCGGGGGACGUGGUGCUCACGGCGCGGGACGAGGCGCGGGGCCGGGCGGCCGUGCAGCAGCUCCAGGCCGAGGGCCUGAGUCCCCGCUUCCACCUGCUGGACAUCGACGACCUGCAGAGCAUCCGCGCCCUGCGGGACUUUCUGCGCAAGGAGUACGGGGGCCUAGACGUGCUGGUCAACAACGCGGGCAUCGCUUUCAAGACUGCUGAUCCCACACCAUUUGAUACUCAAGCAGAAGUGACCAUGAAAACAAACUUCUUUGGUACUCGAGAUGUGUGCACAGAACUACUGCCUCUAAUGAAACCCCAAGGCAGAGUGGUGAACGUGUCUAGCAUGGUGAGUCUGAGAGCCCUUAAAAACUGCAGCCCAGAACUACAGCAGAAGUUUAGAAGCGAGACCAUCACCGAGGAGGAGCUGGUGGGGCUCAUGAACAAGUUCGUGGAAGACACAAAGAAAGGCGUGCACAGGAAAGAGGGCUGGCCUGACACCGCCUAUGGAGUGACAAAAAUCGGUGUCACUGUCCUGUCCAGAAUCCAUGCCCGGAACCUGAGUGAGCAGAGGAGAGGGGACAAGAUCCUGCUGAAUGCCUGCUGCCCUGGGUGGGUGAGAACAGACAUGGCAGGACCUAGAGCCACUAAAAGCCCAGAGGAAGGAGCAGAGACCCCUGUCUACCUGGCCCUUUUGCCCUCAGAUGCUGAGGGGCCUCAUGGGGAGUUUGUCAUGGAGAAGAAAGUGGAACAAUGGUGAGCUUCAUUCACGGAUCCGUCCAUGGAUCCCUUAUGAUAGUCCCCUCCUUUGACCAAAAGGACUCCCACUGUCAGUAAUAUCCCCAUCUACAGAAAGAAAAAAAAAAAGUAUAAAAUUUCCCUGCUGAGUAUUCACUUUGAGGAGCCUACUAACUCAGGGAAGGUUGUUUUUUUUUUUUUCAAUUGCCACUGUGAUACAGGGACAGAAUAAAUGAAAUCAGUGAAAUAAUGAACCCCGGGGAUGAAUAAAUGUUCUCUAUCCAUG